CAUCUCCAGAGCGGUGGUUCGGGCCAGGUUUCCAGCGAAAACGGCACAGAGCCCAGGUUCCCAACAAGGAAAUCCUAAGCAUCCUAACCACCCGUAACCGCGUCGUGCAGGAGGUCUUCGUCAUAAGGGAAGCAAUACUUGCCCGACGUCAACACGAGACAAUCGUGUCGUUUUCCAGAAUCGCGGAUCUGGUUGCUCAAUCUUGGCUACCCCAAUCUUGAUUGUUCGAGCUCGAAUCACCUCGGCCCAUUGCUAUUCGGGAAAAAAGACAUCAUCACCUGUGAACUACAGCGGCGCGCAGCAAAUCGUAGUCAAGAUGUCCCAGACAACCGACUUCCAGACGUUCACCGACAAGCCCAGAGUCUUCGUCCUCACAGAUAUCUCCAACGAACCCGACGACGCCGAAUCUCUCGUCCGCUACCUCCUCUACUCCAACCAGUUCCAGACCGAAGGCCUCGUCGCCGUUUCGUCGACAUGGAUGAAGAACAAAGUCUGCCCGCAGGACAUCCACAAGAUCCUCGACGCCUACGCCGGGGCCGUCGACAAUCUCAACAAACACACACAUCCCGAAUUCCCAUACCCGUCAGCCGAUAGUCUGCGAGCGCUGGUCAAGUCUGGCCCACCAGUGUACGGCUUUGCCGGCGUUGGCGCCGACAAGCCCUUGACCGACGGCGCACAACUGCUUCUCGAGAGGAUCAAGGCCCCCUCGCCAGAACCCCUCUGGGUCCUCGUCUGGGGCGGCACCAACGUCCUCGCCCAGGUCCUCCUGACCAUCCGCGACAAGCACUCGGCCGAGGAAGCGGCCAGGCUGCGCGCGAAGCUGCGGGUCUACACCAUCUCCGACCAGGACGACACCUCGGCCUGGAUCCGCACCCAGUUCCCCGACGUCUUCUACAUCUCCUCCAUCCACGGCUGGAACCAGUACGGCCUCGCCGCCUGGACCGGCAUCUCCGGCGACAAGUACUACGGCUUCGACCAGGGCGGCCCCGACUUCUCAAAGGUCUCGAAGCCGUGGAUCAAGGAGAACAUCCAGAUCGGGCCCCUAGGCUCGGCGUACCCCGACUUCCUCUUCAUCCCUGAGGGUGACACGCCGACGUUCCUCUACCUCAUCCAGAACGGCCUCGGCGACCGCGAGCACCCCGAGUACGGCUCGUGGGGCGGUCGCUACGCCUUGACGGACGCCAGCGACGCCGGGCAGCGGGGGAGGCACUACAGCGACAUGUCGGACUCGGUCGUCGGCGUCGACGGCAAGACGUACCGCUCCAACCAGGCCUCCAUCUGGAGGUGGCGCGAUACCAUCCAGAACGACUUCGCCGCCCGCAUACAGUGGUCUCUCAACCCCGACGCCGCAUCCACGAACCACCACCCGAUCGUCAUCGUCAACGGCUCCCGGACGCUGGCGCCGCUGCACUUCGAGGCCGAGGCCGGAUCGACCAUCGAGCUGGACGCGUCGCAGACGUACGACCCGGACGGCGACGACCUGGUCUUCAAGUGGUGGCAGUACCGUGAGCCCAGCGCCACACAGUGGCUGGUGCACUUUGAGGUCUCGGAGCUCGGCAUCGAGAAGCUCGACGCCGAGGGGCGGAAGAUCCGGGUCACGGUGCCGGAGCCCGAGAAGUCGUGCAUGGAUCUGAUCAGCCGGCAGCCCCUGGCCAGGGGUCAGCUGCUGCACCUCAUCUUGGAGGUGACGGACAGCGGCACGCCUGCUUUGACGAGCUAUCGCCGGGUGUUGAUCCAGGCCACGAAUAAGGACCUGAGAGGCGGGAAGCCACUGAAGGAAGGGGAGGAAUUAAAUGCCAUCGGCGACGCCAUGAAGGACUACACUGGCUGAGAACAGCUGUGGGAAAGUCUAUCCUGAUGACGACUUGAAUGAUUCACGGAGGAAAAACACUCAUGUUUUCGUUCGACAGGGUUCCGCUGUCCCUUGCUUCCAAGUCUUCUGCUUCAAUGAGAGAAGAAACCUGGAAAGAGAAUUUAACAAA